AUGACAAUGCAGAGCCGAAUUGACAAAUACCCGCCAACGACCUUUAAGGAAGUCCAACCCACCGCACCUUACGCAGUAGCCGUGCGCCCGCCUUUUUGGACACAAGGGCAGGCAGUCCCGACGAAAAAUUGUCAAAGCGCAACGAUCAGGGAAAACAAACGCCGCUUACCAAACGCAGACGCAUGCGACUCCAUUCAGGCCGGCCGCUCGAUGGCGUGGCCGCUGCUCCCGCUUCGGGCUCGCGGCGAGGGGGGUGGGGGCGGAUGGCCCCUGGUAAAAGCUGUCUGCGCCUCUCGCCCCGCCGGCGUGCCAGCGAUAGUGGAAAAUAAUCAGCCCCUCACGGAAAAAAAAAACACAGAUAUACUCGCCCAAACGCGCGAUACAAAGUUAACUAAACGCCCCCGGCCCCCAAGUCACGCAUGCCACCGCGACGGCGCAGGUCGCCCAUGUCAAAUUCUAUGGGUGAAUUGGGGGUCGUUCUGCACAAAAUGCGCAUUGGAUCUGCUACUGUCCUUGAAGCCUUGCGCUAAGAUGCUCGGCGCCAGCCUGGCUACAGAAAUGGCGCCCGCGCCAUGGAAGAAAGGAGUCGCGAUUCCGCUCCUCAAACCAGAAAAACCGGCGAGCGAUCCAACACCCUUGCUGCCCAUCACCCUCACCAGCUGCAUCGGCAAAGCGAUGGGCUGCGUUAUAGCACGCUGCAUUCGCGAUAAAGCGGGACCAGCGGCCCUUCCGCAUCAGACUGGCUUUCGCACAUCAAAACCCACACUGGGCCCAGUCACCCCCGCCCACACCACGGCACAUCGGCUGAAGAGGGCGAAGGCUGAUACCACCUUGACCAACUACCCCAGAUCCUUUUCACUCGGCGAAUCAUGGUAG